CUGACGCGUGUCGCACCUCUGCGCAAUACGAACGAGUACAAAUGACGCGUUUGACACUUCUGUCACUUCACUUUUUACAUACGUGUCAAUAAAACUUGCGCGUUCCGCUAUCGCGGCCUUUAUUUUUAAGAAUUAAUUGACAAAUAUAUAUAAUCAAGUAAAAUGGCACCGAAACAGAGGAUGCGUAUCGCCAACGAGAUUGCAAGCAAAAACAUCACUAUGAGGGGAAAUGUGCCGAAAUCCACCAAGGAAAAGGACGACCAAUACCCCGUCGCGCCGUGGUUGCUGGCUCUCUUCAUUUUCGUCGUAUGCGGCUCCGCCAUAUUCCAAAUAAUCCAAUCAAUACGUCUCGCCUAAGACCCUCUGUGAUUCCCGACUGAUAAUUUAGUACCUACCCACAGUGCAAUCGUUGUGGCUUGAUUUGUUUCUCUUUCACACGUACAGCGUUAGAGCGGGACGGAUAUAUGCUAAAAAAUCUAACCAACACGCCCGCAUCUGUGUUUAGAAAAUGUAUAUUUUGUAGAUACCGGUUUUAAGAACGUUCAAGCCACAAAAUCCAUAGGGAAAUUAAGAAAAAUGUAACUAGGAAUUUACCAUAGACAGUGGGAAUUCUUAAUACAACGCGACCCUGACGUUUUUGUGUUCAGUAUAAGGUAUAAUCUCAUCGUGUUGAAUAUUCUUGUAUAUUGUAAAAAUUAAUGAAAAAUAUAUAAAUAUAUUAUAAGCAUUUAGCCGAUGUAAUUUGAAUGUAUCCAUUUCCACCAUUGAGUUGACGCACAAACUGUUGGGAGUUCGAUUUUCGAGAUUUUAUUUGUAAUUGUAAUGAUUUUGUUGUGAAAUCAUUUAUGUUAGCGUCACUAAAAUUAUCGGUAUAUUUUAAUUUUAAAUGUAAUUUAUUUGAUUAAAUACAAUAUAUUUGUCAUAUGAAA